AUGGUCACUGUGACUCCAUUCCUGGUAUCGUUGCUUUCUCUAUUGUCGACUUGCUUCUCGUUUGACAUGCCAAGUCUUCGCAUGAUUCGAGGCAAAGAGAGGGAAGUAGUGGCCCGUACAAUGCUGAACUUCCAGCCGCCUCGUCUAGACGUUUUAUACAGAGACUAUCAGUAUCCACCAGAUCGCUCUGCAAUCAGGCCAAUGGUAGUCUUCGACGGAAGAUUGUACUCAAUGCACCGCUGA